UUAUUUUACCUCACAGGCAUCUUACGAAUCAAAGAUAUCCCUGAUCGUCAAAAAAAAUCGGGAGUAAUUUUAGUAAAUACAUCUCGUAUUAUUGUCGAAAUCUAACAUUUAUGAGUUAUCGAAAAAGAAACUUGAAAAAAAGUUUAUUUAUCCAUCGCUAUAAGUAGAUUUUUGAGGAACUAAAUUUUUGUUAAAUAUUUAAGAACAUCAAAGUAGAGUGAUGGAUUGUUCAGUUUGCUUUAAUAAAAUGAAUCAAAUUAAUAUAGCGAUAUUUACGACUCGUUGUGGUCAUUUGUUUCAUGAAAAGUGUUUAAGAGAUUGGUUCGCAAGAAACAAAAGUUGUCCUCAGUGCCGAAAAUUUUCUGAUGAAAGUGAAAUACUUCAAGUAUAUUUAGGCUGUGAAAAUUCAGAUUUCAACGAAAAACUAGUACUGACUAGGAUAUCGGAUGUAAAGAUUUCUUUAGAAAAUCAAGCCAAGAAACAAGAGGAGGCACAACAUAAUACAAAUGAGGCAUUAAUUAGAAUCAAACGUGAUUUUGAUAUUCAGAAUGAAAUACUUUUAAAGAAGAUCGAUUCUCUUGCUCAGGCUGUUAAACUCCACCAAAGUAUUUGCUCCAGUAAAACAGAAUCAUCUGAUUCAAUUACAAAAGAGCAGAUAAAAUCAAAGGAUUUGGCCAUAGAUAAGUUAAAAAAAGAAGUAAAUAUUCUAAAAUCACAAAACCCAGACAAAACUCAAGAAAAUCCAAAACAAACCCUGAUUCCACGGACAUCACAUGUAAAUAUUCAUCAGAACGAUGAAAAUUUCAAAGCUAAAGAAACAAACAAACAUAAGUUUCAACCUUUAACAUUGAAGUUUGAUGAUAUCAGCAAUAGUGUUAUAAUUGAAUAAUGAGUAAUACAUUCAUCAGCGAACCCGAUUUGAAGUUAAAAAGAUAAUAUUAUUUCUUUUCUUUUUUGUAAAUGUAUGAUUUUGUGUAUGAACAUUUUCAUCAUAUUAGACAUGAAUGAUAUAUGUAUAAGAAAUAAAAAAAAAGAAAAUA